AUGUGGAGGAUGCUUGUCAGGCGACUGCUACGAGAUGCUGUCCGACGUGACGGUAGCACGACUCACUCUCAUGCGACAAGAGGCUGGCGGGCAAACGACCAGUCCGGUGUUCCAAUGGCAAUCACUGGCACGUUCCAGGCUCCCGUUCACCACGGUCAAGGGCUGAUAUUCGCCUGGGCGUCCGCGGACGGCUCCCUCAGUACGACGGGGCCGAGGAGACGGCGUAAGGGUGGUAGAAUUGUGCAGGUGCGGUCCGAUGUUGGCGGAGAAAAGCGGGCGAGUAGUGUAUGGGAUGAUGUUGCUCUGGCCUUGCUUGCUUGCUUGCCUGCUUGCGUGGGACACGGUGUGCGAAAAGGGCAGGCUGGGGGACUGCAGCAGCAGCGGAGGAAGAGCUGGUCGGGCGGAGAGGUGAGAAGUGGUAGCGGAAGCAGCUUUCAGACGGCGAUCGAUGCGCGCAGACGUGGGAGUUGGCGGCAGAUGGAGGGUAUCAGGCGUGGAUCCUUGAUGGACGCUGAGUCGGAGGAUCAAUGCGGUGUUCCCGGGGGCCUCAGGAGGACACGGACGCGGACGCGGACGCGGACGCGGACACGUGCGGGCGGUGGCGGUGGCGCUGGCACAUGGACACGGCGCCGAGAGGACGGGAGGUUCGUCAAGCGACUGCAGACGACGAAGAACGAGCGGAGCGGAGGGCGAGACGAAUUCACCGUCUCUCCUUUCCUUCCCUUCCCUUUCCUUCUAGGCCCUCCCUCUGCCUCUGCCUCCGCCUCCCUUUCCUUAGCGUUCUGCUCUCGGCGAACGCACUUUUCCCGCGCGCUGGAGCGACGAAUGGCAGAGGGCGCUAGCGGAAGGGUGUACACCUCACACGCAGUGCACACGAAAGGCGAAGGGGGCGCUGCACACGUUAUGCACCACACGGCCACGAAAUCGAUUCGUGUGUCUCCCAUCGCAACCCCACAGCAGGCGGAGCAAGAGCACGGGCUUGGCAGUGCUUGCAUACAUGUAUGUGUGUGUGCAUUCAAGCCUUCUCGAACGGCUCACGCCUCGGCCCUCCGGCAGCAUGCUCCGCCGCCGCCGCCGCCGAAUGAUCUCUUCUCGCAAGUCGUCUCUGCAAACUUCGCUCGCCGCCGCUGUGGAGCAGCGCUGCCGAGCACUGCACUCUCUCUCUCCCAGCUAAAAGGUAGCUGUUCACGGGCCGCAGAACCUACAAGUACCACGAUAGGCGCGAUUGAUUCGGCGGGCCAUGCAUCCUCCAAAACUCAGAUAUAA